AUGGCGGUGCAGAUUUCAAAGAAGAGGAAGUUCGUUUCGGACGGUAUCUUCAAGGCCGAGCUGAAUGAGUUCCUGACCCGGGAGCUCGCGGAGGAUGGCUACUCCGGAGUGGAGGUGCGAGUGACCCCCACCAGGACAGAGAUCAUCAUCCUGGCCACCAGGACCCAGAACGUUCUUGGGGAGAAGGGGCGCAGAAUCAGAGAGCUGACCGCAGUGGUGCAGAAGAGGUUCGGCUUCCCUGAGGGCAGUGUGGAGCUGUACGCAGAGAAGGUGGCCACCCGCGGCCUGUGCGCCAUCGCCCAGGCUGAGUCCCUGCGCUACAAGCUGCUGGGCGGUCUAGCCGUCAGGAGGGCGUGCUACGGUGUGCUGCGGUUCAUCAUGGAGAGCGGCGCCAAGGGUUGUGAGGUGGUGGUGUCCGGAAAGCUCAGAGGUCAGAGGGCAAAGUCCAUGAAGUUUGUGGACGGCCUGAUGAUCCACAGCGGAGACCCAGUCAACUACUACGUGGACACCGCCGUGCGCCACGUCCUGCUGCGGCAAGGAGUCCUGGGCAUUAAGGUGAAGAUCAUGCUGCCGUGGGACCCCAGCGGCAAGAUCGGCCCCAAGAAGCCCCUGCCCGACCAUAGGUGCCAGUCAUGCCCCAGGCCCCUGUCCCCACCGCAUAAAAGGUUGCAGGCUUCAUCACGUGGAUCCACCUGCUGA